AUGUUGAAAAUCUCAGUGUUUGUCUUGCCAACCCGACACUUAUUUCUGGGUCAUGCAGACCGUCAUGUGAGCAAGGUACAAUUACAAACAAUAACAUCAACAGUGUCAAUAGUAAUUUAAUUCAAAAAAAGGUAGCUUUGUUACGCUUUUGUGGAUAAUAUACCCUAAAGCUAAGGGUCAGAUUCAGGCUCAAGCUCAAGCUCAAGCUCAGCCUCAGGCUCAGACUCAGGCACAGUCUCAGACUCAGGCUCUGGAUCAGGGUCAGGAUCAGGAUCAGGAUCAGGAUCAGGAUCAGGCUCAGGCUCAGGCUCAGGCUCAGGCUCAGGCUCAGGUUCAGGCUCAGGCUCAGGCUCAGGCUCAGGCUCAGGCUCAGGCUCAGGCUCAGGCUCAGGCUUAG